AUGCCCCAGAACAAGGGCACCUGAUUUUCUAAGGCCUAGGAGUAUUUCCACUUGGCCCCUGCUGGUACUGGGCCCAAUCCCAAAUAAUAUGCUACCUGUCACUUAGAUAUCUGACAGGUGAGUCGGCCUGGGGUCAACAUGGGCACCACUAUCCCAUGGAAGCAUCUGGAAAGCACAAACAGAGAGGAGUUGGAGAAGAGCGGCCACAGCCCCACCAGGCCACCCAGACCAUGUCCCUGGCUCCCUAUAGGCAUCAAGGGUGACUGGGGAAAGGUCCUGGAGCAGGUAGAUGCCCUAGCUUUGUGGACCAGUCAGAGGGAAAAGGAAAGGAUGAGGAUGGAGAGGCCAGUAGAGUGGUGGGAGGAGACUGUGGAAGGGAGGGAGGGAGUACUUGAGGAGGAGGUGGGAGGGGCCAUCCUGGAGAUGAAGUGGAAGGUGAGAGCUGAGAAGGUGGUAUGCCUGAAGCCAGAAGAAGACCUGCCUGCAGCGGCACAUCCCUUCCAAUCUGUUUGA